AUGGUCUCGAUCCGGCCGGCGACGAUCGAUGACCUACCUGGUAUGCAGGCAUGCAAUCUUUGCUGCUUGCCAGAGAACUACCAGAUGAAGUACUACCUCUACCACGCCCUUUCCUGGCCGCAGUUGCCACAAGUGGCAGUGGACAGCCAGAAUCGAAUUGUGGGCUACGUCCUCGCCAAGAUGGAGGAGGACACGGACGAGGUCCAUGGCCACAUCACCUCGCUCGCGGUCAUGCGAAGCUACCGACGACUUGGGAUUGCCACCGCCCUCAUGAGGGCGUCCAUUAACACCAUGGAGGAGUGCUUUAACGCCGAGUUCGUGUCGCUUCACGUCCGCUAUACCAACCGGGCGGCCUUCUCCCUGUAUUCGGAGACCCUUGGCUUCGAAAUCCAAGACAUAGAGGAGAAGUACUAUGCAGACAAGGAGGACGCCUACGACAUGAGAAAGACGCUUAGAGCUGGGCUGGAAAAGCAGGAAGCCAGCAAAGGCAAAAAGAAGAGCAAGGAAAAGGAAAGAGAAAAAGAGGCCAAAGAGAAAGAGGCCGGUGAAGCCGAGAAGGCGGAAGAGCCAGCUCCAGAGGAGAAGGCCGAGGAGAAAGCGCCCGGCGAGAAGGGCGAGGGGGAGACAGAGGACGCGAAAAAGAAGCGCAAGAAGAAGAACAAGAAGUGA